AAACAAAAUGUUUGGUCAAAAUUAUCUCCAAGAGUAAUUCCCAAUGGAACAGAACUGGGAAUCACGGCAGAAUCAGAAAUUAUGGGGUUACUUCCUGGGAAAAACUAUGAAAUCCGAGUUAUUCUCAUUGAUAAGGAUGGUGGUAGUUACCAAAUAGAUGUGCCAGAAAGUAAAGCAAGAACUAAAUGCAUAGAUCCAGUUCAAGGAGACUACAAAUUUGCAGUAAGAGAUGUAGAUGACACUAGUGUUCUCCUGGAAUGGUCUUAUGAACAUGAUAAGACUUCACUGACUUGUGAAAUAUUGGACUUCGAGCUGUCUGUUCUCUGUGGAAGCGAGAAUCUUAAAUACUUCAUAACAGAGAAAGAAGGCCACUUGAUACUGUCAGCUAUUAUGCCUGACAUGACCUACAAUUUCCAACUGACUGGUAAAACUGUGACUGGCAAUAGGACUCUACCUAGAGAGAUUGAAGUUCACACACUAGCUGCUGGCCCAGGGAGGGUGAGAGCAGCGAAGGCAGCGCCCUCGCCGUCAGGCAGGCAGUUGCGUGUCACAUGGCUUCCUCCAUGGAAUUCACAAGGCCAAUCUCUGCGGUAUAAAGUCAGAUAUCAGUGUGUUUAUUUCCUGGCAUGUGAAGAUGUCAACUGUGACACAUCAUCUGGUGAUACUGAAGUAUCAACAACUGCAGUGGUACUUGAUCACCUACACUCACAUGCCCUGUACCAGAUAGAAAUAACAUCAGUGUCUGUUACUGGCCUCACAGCAGGAAGUCGUAUAAUCAAUGCUGUAACAGCACAUACAGCACCACAAGUGGCACCCUCUGCUGCUGAAAAUCCAACACUUGCUGUGUCCAAUACAAGUGUUUCCCUAAGUUGGAUGCCUCCUGAAGACUGCACUGGUCUUAAUGGCUACAUUUAUGGCUACCAUUAUUCACUGGUUGAGAAUAACACAGAUGAGAUUAUUCAACAGGGAACAGUUGCCGAAAACAUUCUGAAUGUCAACUUCACAAACCUCACACCCAGCAACUGCUAUGAUGCUUACAUUACAGUUGUCGCCUCAGGUGGAACCAGUGACUCAGAUCAACUGAACAUUCCAUUCUGUACCAGUAGCACAGCUCCUGAACGAGUGCAGUCACUCAGUGUGUACAAGAGGGGUCGCAGAAUGGUUGGCUUGAGGUGGUCUCCACCACUCAACACGUACGGGGAUAUUGAAUACUUCACUAUCACGUACAGUAUAGAAGACAGUGGCCGUAACAGGAAACUUGUAACGGAACCGAAACGUUGUGGUGCUUGGCCCGAUCUCUAUUGUUAUACUGUUUCUGGUCUCUCACCAGGAAGGAAAUACCACUUUGAGGUCCAGGCUCGUAACAAAGAAGUUAACAUCGAUGGAGAACCUGCUGGAGUGGAAGCCAUCACAUUAGAAGGGGCUUCCACCCCACCAGUAAACCUGAGAAUAAUUAAUGCGACUGACAGCAGCAUGUUGGUGGAGUGGGGCAUGCCUGAUUAUAUCAAUGGGCAGCUCAGGUCUUUUAUAAUAAUUGUUGAACAAAUUGAUAUGCAAAUUAAUUCUGGUGAAUGUUGUGAUGAUAUCCCAUUGCAAGAUUAUCGUGUGACUUCAGAGGAACCUUUCUACUUAUAUGAGAUUACAGGCUUGUCAGCUGCCAGCACAUACUCUGUAACCGUUUCUGCAAAGACAGUGACUCUUGGUGAAGAAUCACGGGUGAUAGGUCACACAUUUCCUCCAAAAGCAAUUUUGCCACAGAAUGCACUAAUGGUUGUUAAAACAGAGAGUAGCAGCCAUAAUCCUGAUGUAGUAACCUUACAGAUGCAUCCUGCUGAGAGAAUCAGUGGUGUCAACAGGACAUACAUCCUCCUGCAUCUGAUCAAUGACUCAAGUACCCAACAGCCAUUUUAUGACAGCGAGUUAACUACAUUACUUAAGUCAAGACUGACUGAAAACUAUCAUCUCAUAUCAGCGUAUACACAGGAGGAGGUGGAGAACCAAUCUGUUGUCACAUUCCAUUUAAAGGAAAUGGGAUUUGUAUCAACAGAGAUUGAGUCGCAGAAAUAUGCACUUAUCUUGAUUCAGGACUACAUGGGAAACCAAAGCAUGGACGUUUUUAUAACAGAGGAAACAGGUUGAUGAAUUUGGCAUCAGUGUUAUAACACAAAUACUUACUUGUGCAGUGACUAUAUAGCUGUAACAAUAGAAUCUCUAAGCAUCUUUAAUAUGUGAGUUCAAAUAAGAGUUAAAUAAUUAUUCAAUUAUAUUGUACGAUUAUUUCAGUAAAAUAAAAAUUAUAAGGAAGUUA